AUGAUUGUGAACCUCCGGAAAUGCUUGAAAGGUGAACCGAACAAGGUCAAAAAACUUUUGUGCAUGAGGUCCUUGUGUUUUGAAAAAUUUGGUUCCGAUACCAGACAGAACCUUGGCAGGCGAGAAACACAAACCCGAACCCCUCUCAAAAGGGCGAGUCCAGAAUAG